AUGAGGAGGAUCUUCUCCUGCUCCAGCUCGCAGGUGGCGUUGGAGCGAUGGAACCGACAGGACCAGAAGCUUCUGGAAGCAGUUCGGCGGGGGGACGUGGGGCGGGUGGCCGCCCUGGCCUCCCGGAAGACGGCCCGGCCCACCAAACUGGACGUCCACGGCCAGUCCCCGUUCCACGUGGCGGCGUCCAAAGGCCUGACGGAAUGCCUGACCGUCCUCCUGGCCAACGGGGCCGAAAUCAACACCAAGAACGAGGACGGGAGCACGGCCCUGCAUCUGGCUACCAUCUCCUGCCAGCCCCAGUGCGUCAAAGUCCUCCUCCAGCACGGUGCCAAUGAGGACGCAGUGGACGGAGAAAACCGGAGCCCCCUUCACUGGGCGGCCUCCUCAGGCUGCGCCUCCAGCGUGUUGUUGCUGUGUGACCACGAGGCCUUCCUGGACGUCCUGGACAACGACGGACGGACCCCCCUGAUGAUCGCCUCCCUGGGCGGACACUCGGCCAUCUGCUCCCAGCUCCUGCAGAGGGGGGCUCGGGUCAACGUCACGGACAAGGAAGACAAGUCCGCCCUGAUCCUGGCCUGCGAGAAGGGCAGCGCGGAGGUGGCAGAGCUGCUCCUCAGCCACGGGGCGGACGUGGGCGCCGUGGACCGCCUGGGCCGCAACGCUCUGCAUUACGCUCUGCACACCGACGACAAGGCCCUGCAGCGGCUGUUGAGGCAGGCCCUGAAUCGACGCCGCCGGGGAGGCCAGCUGCUGGUUAAACAUUCAGACAUGGUGGUCCAGGCCUCUGUGACCGAGCCCCAGGUCGGACCCCAAAUCCAGAGCCCGGGGAGGGCGGAAGAGGAGGAGGAAGAGGACGAGGAGGAGGAGGAGGAGGAGGAGGAAGAGGCGGCACGUGUGGAGGGCUGGCGGCAGAAGUUCGAGGCGGAGCGGAAGAAAGUGUGCCAGCUGGAAGGGGAGCUGGCACGGGCGGCGGAGGAGUGCGCGACCCAGGUGGCCGGGGCGGGCCGGGAUCUGGAGGAGAGGAUCCGGGAACAAGCGCGGGCCCUGGAGCUCCUGCUGCCCGCGGCGUCCGGAGGAGGGCCCGGCCCCGGCCCCCGGCCCGGUGGGGAUGGCAUGGAGGAGGGCUGCGCUCUGGACCUGCUGGCCCAGAGGGUGCUGGAGCUGAAGAGGAGGCAGGAACUGUUGUCUUUCCGGGGGCCUCCGCAGAACCCGCCCCAGACUGAGCAGGGACCCCAGAGUCCCGCUCAAAGGGGCCCCCAGGGUCCAGCUGAGCAGGGACCCCAGAGCCCGGCUGAGGACGCCCCUCCGAGCCCGGCCACCCGGGAGGAGCUGAAGCCGCUCCCGGCCCAGGCCCCUGAAGCCCGGUCGUCGCCCGCCGCCGAGGACCCGUCCCGGGACCGGCCCGAGGCCCAGGCGGCCGCCCCCGGGGCCCCCGGGGCCGAGCCCGCCGGCAUGGCCGCCCUCAGCCAGCUCCUGCUGCAGCUGAGGGAGGAGCUGGGGGCCGUGUGGAGGGAGAAGGAGGCCGCCCGCGGGGCCCUGGACCGGCCGGGGCCGGAGGCCGGGAGGGACGGCCGGGAGGUCCGGGCGGAGGCCGCGGCCGCCGCGUGGGAGAAGAUGGAGGCCCGUCUGGAGCGGGUCCUGGCCCGGCUGGACCGGGCCAAGGCCGGGCUGCAGAGGGAGGCCGGCCCGGGGCCGGGGGGCCCGGGGUCGGAGGUCCCCGGGGCCGAGGCCCGGGGCCUGCUGGAGCGGGAGGUGUCGGCCCUGCGGCAGAGCAACAGCAGCCUCCUGGACGAGCUGGGGGCUCUGGGAGGGGAGCGACGACGGCUGCGGGAAGAGCUGCAGGCCCUGCGACGGCGGCUGCAGCGGGAGUUUGUGCCCCGGCCGGAGGCCCAGGGCCAGCUGCGCCAGCUGCGGCUCAGCGUGGACCUGCUGGCCGAAGAGCUGGCCGCCGAGAAGGAGGCCACGGACCGGCUCCGUCGCCGGCUGGCCGCCCAGAGCAGCGGCCUGCGGGGGCUGCGGGACCACUUGCCCCCGGACCUGGUGGCCGGGCCCGACGCCGGGCCGGACGGCGAGCCCGUGGAGGAGCUGCGGAGGGGCCUGGCGGCCCUGGCCGGCCGCCACCGAGAGGCCCGGGCCCAGCUGGCCCGGCUGCAGGAGGAGAACCGCGGGCUGCGGGCCGGGCGGGGGCCGACCCCGCCGCCCCCCGCCGCCCCCGCCGCCCCCGCCGCCCCCGAGGUGGCCGCCCUGGAGCGGGACCUGGGCCAGCUGGAGGGGGAGCUGCGGGCCGUCCAGGCCACCCUCGGGGGCAAGGGCCAGGAGAUCGGCAGGCUGAAGCGGCUGCUGUGCCAGGCCACCGAGGAGGUGGCCGAGCUGCGGGCCCGCGAGGAGGCCGGCCGCGGGCGGCACGAGCGGGCCCGGGCCGCCCUGGCCGCCCAGGCCCAGGCCCGGGGCCGGGAGCUGGAGGCCCUGCUGGCCAAGUACCGGGCCGCCUGCCGCGACGGCGGCCGGCUGCGGGCCCAGGUGGCCGAGGAGCGGAGGCGCGCCGGGGAGCUGGAGGCCCGCGAGGCCCGGCGCCGCGGGGAGGCCGCCCAGCUGAGAGCCCGCUCCGACCAGUUGGAGAAGGCGGCCGGGGAGCUGAGGGCCCGUCUGGAGGAGCUCUGGGGGGCCUGCGGCGACAAGGAGGCCCAGAUCCGGGAGCUGCUGAAGAAAGUGGAGGAGCUCUCCGCCGAGGUCCUGGCCCUGCGCGGGGAGAACGGCAGCCUCAAAAUGCAGCUGCAGAAUUCCCAGAAGAACCACCAGGAGAUCAUCGCUACCUACAGGACCCACCUACUGGACGCAGCACGGGGCUGCCUGGAGGAGGAAGUGUAUGAGAUUCUCCUGCGGAUCCUGGAAAUGCAGGAAGAGGAGUGAGCCAGGAUCCCGUCACCUCCCGCCCGGAAGCAGGAAGGGCGGGGGGGCUUCU